CGUUCUGGAUGAGGAGUUGUAACACAUCUUCUUUGUUUUGCGCGCGUCUACAUUUGAGAGUUUGAUCAGUUAUUUGAAUUCGGACGAGCGUACAAGAAGUAUCAUUUUGUUUUAUCCGAAAAACGAAGUGUAUUUUCUCUUCUUCUAAAAGAAGAGACAUUGAACUCAGGACUUUAUGUGAAAUAGUGCAGUGACGUUAACGCGCAGAAAUCAUCUUGCGAGGGUGUAAUUAUUAAAUGUGACGGAUAUUUCGCUAAAAAACAAAAGCGAAAACAGAAGAACAUCACGCAAGUGCUUUUACGAAAUGCCACAGUGUUUGUAAAGAAAUAGAUAAGGAACAUAAAAUAAAAGUGGGCUUCGUAGUGUUGCGGCAAUAAAUAAGAACGCUAUAAGUGUAUUGUAGUGUCAAAAUGCUUGUCGACGAGAUGCCGCACAUAAAAAAGAACAAUCACAAUUACAGUCAUUGCCCGUUGAAAAAACGGCCGUUUUACUAUACAUCUGAGGAUGGAGAAGAAACCGAGACUUCCGAAGUUAAAGAAGAGAUAAUUGAUGUAGGUGUAGACGAUAUUCCCGAGCCUGAAAACCUUAGCACGAAACCGGAGGAUCUCAGUAGAACCGCAGCAGAUCGUCACCAACAAAAACAAGAAGAGCAAGAAGAAUGCGCGUCCAGAACGCCACCACCGAUCAUCAAAGUCUUGCCGUCUCCACCGUUAACAAUACAAUCGUCUCCGCCACCUCAUCAUCCGAUACAUCACGUUCACGCGCUACAUCAUUAUCACCAUUAUCCGACCAAGACUAUCACGCCACCGGCGGGAAUCGCGCCGAUCCCUGUGGCGAAAAAAGCGCGAGUCGAGGUGAUACAGCACAACGACAACUCGACGACGCCGACGGCGGGUAUGACAGCGACGUCGGCACCACUGCAUUUCAUGGCAAGCAAGGCACCUCUGGAGCCAUUGAAUCUGAACACUCCGGUGGAACCGCUAGCCCAUUACGCUACCCCGGCCUGGUCUCGCCCGCCGAUAUAUCCGUCACACUAUCUCUCGUAUCCUGCACCUGCUUAUCAUCGCUAUCCGGCAGAAUUAUACUCGUACCCCGUGGCGACGUAUCCACAUUCAUCUCCGGAACAUCAUCCGUCAGUUUCGCCACCACCUCACACCGCACUUACUUGUCCAACAAUUCAAAGACCAAUCGCCAGGCCUUAUUCUCACUGGUCCACCAGUCCGGAUCAUUGUGGUUUGUCACCCACAAGUUCCGUAGGAUCGGGCUCGCUUCGAUCUCCGCCUCCCGUAACUCCGGAAGAUCUCUCCUCUCCCGGUAGUGACAGCGGUAGGUCGUCAGCGGGUAGCACUUCCGCCGGACAUACGCUUGUAAACACGAAAAUGGAAAAGAGCGGAUCGAAUGCUAGCCCGGGCACGUCAUCGAGCACGACCGCGUCCAGGUAUUCGUGUCCAGACUGCAACAAGUCGUAUUCCACUUAUUCGGGUUUAUCGAAGCACCAGCAAUACCACUGCUCCGCCGCGCAAGGCCAGGCAAAGAAGUCUUUCUCGUGCAAGUUCUGUCAGAAGGUGUAUGUCAGUCUAGGCGCGCUCAAAAUGCACAUUCGCACGCACACGCUACCCUGCAAGUGCCACACAUGCGGUAAAGCGUUCUCUCGACCAUGGCUGCUUCAAGGUCACAUCCGGACGCACACAGGCGAGAAGCCCUUCAGAUGUCAACACUGCAAUCGCGCGUUCGCCGACAGGAGCAACCUCAGGGCUCACCUGCAGACCCAUAGCGACGUCAAGAAAUAUUCCUGCGACAGGUGCAGCAAGACCUUCAGCAGGAUGUCGCUGCUUACAAAACAUCAGGAAGGAGGUUGUCCUGGCGUUCCAGUAUCGGUUGGUUAUCCCUGUUAAAAGGUUUCGCGUUUGUGUGAUCAGAACAAUUUUUAUGUGCGUUUGCUCGAUUUUAUUCCGCAAAGUUUCAAAGUGCCUUAGAAUGCAGUACAAACAACGAGAUAUAGUGAAAUCUAUAUGGUGAACUGUUCGCAAAAUAUCUUUUUUAAUCUUUAUGCUAUUGAUUGACUAGCUUUUUUUCUCAAUUUUUAUAUCAAGAUUUUUUUUCUCUUAUUAAGAAAUUUGUUUCUUCAACACUUGAUUACGAAAAUAAUCAAAUUUUACCGUAUUAAUUUUGAUAACACAGAAUGUCAGAAGAGUUAAUACAUUCACACAUAUUUUAGAAUCAUAUCAAACUUUA